AUGAACAUUAUUCCGCUCGGUGCCGGACAAGAUGUCGGCAGGUCGUGCAUCCUUGCCACCAUUGGAGGAAGAACAAUAAUGUUUGACUGUGGAAUGCACAUGGGCUUUAAUGACGAGAGACGGUUUCCAGACUUUUCGUAUAUCUCUAAGACACAAAGCUUCAACAAGGUCAUUGACUGUGUGAUCAUUUCCCAUUUCCAUCUGGACCACUGCGGGGCACUUCCACACUUCACAGAGAUCUGCGGAUACGACGGGCCAAUAUACAUGACGCAGCCCACAAAGGAAGUUUGCCCAAUCCUGCUGGACGACUUCAGAAAGAUUGUUGCAGUAAAAGGCAACGAUAGCAUAUUCACAUACCAGGAUAUCCUCAAUUGCAUGAAGAAGGUUGUCACGAUCAGCAUGAACGAGACAUACGAGCACGGAAACGGGAUAUACAUCACGCCUUACUAUGCAGGCCAUGUUCUUGGAGCAGCGAUGUUCCAUGUUGUUGUUGGAGACCAGUCUGUGGUGUAUACCGGGGACUACAGCACCACGCCUGACAAGCAUCUUGGGCCAGCAUCUAUUAAGUGUGUCAGGCCUGACAUUCUGAUCACCGAGUCUACAUAUGGAUCUAUUGUAAGGGAUUGCAGGAAGGUCAAGGAACGGGAGUUUCUGAAGGCGGUGUCAGAGUGUGUACUAAGAGGAGGCCGUGUGCUGAUUCCGAUAUUUGCACUUGGCAGGGCACAGGAGCUGUGCCUUCUUCUUGACGGGUACUGGGAGCGAAGCGGAUUGAAUGUUCCUGUGUAUUUUUCCGGAGGAUUGACAGAGAAGGCAAACGAAAUAUACAAAAGAUACAUCGGAUACACAAACGAGACAAUUAAGCAGAAGAUUUUUGAAAGGAACCUGUUUGACUACAGACACAUAAAGGCGUUCCAGAAGUACUACCUGGACAUGCCUGGACCGAUGGUUCUGUUUGCAUCGCCAGGAAUGCUGCAUUCAGGGAUGUCGCUGAAGAUAUUCAAGGAGUGGUGUGAGGAUGACAAGAAUCUUGUGAUUAUUCCUGGAUAUUGUGUACGAGGCACAGUUGGUGAGAAGGUUCUGAAUGGAGCAAAGCGGCUCGACAUUCUUGGCGAAAGCAAAGAAAUUAGGAUCCAGGUGCGGAACCUUGCAUUCAGUGCGCAUGCUGACUCCGAAGGCAUACUGAAGCUGAUUGAGCAAUGCAAGCCCAGGAAUGUGAUGCUUGUGCAUGGGGAAAAGAGCAGGAUGAGGAUGCUCAAGAAGAGCAUUGAGGAGAGAUAUGCAAUCCCGACGUUUUUUCCAUCGAACGGUGUUCUGGUGAACAUUCCAAGCAGAAACACGGUUGACCUAAGAAUACCUAAGGAAAAGAUGCAUGCAUGCUUUGAGCCGCAUCUUUCUAAGAAGAAGGUAUUUGUGAGGAUGAAGCUGUCUAGUGAAAAAGACGAGGGCGUCUGUGAGGUUAUUGAAUGCGAAAACUAUCUUGAUGAUUGUACAGAAAGAGAUGCAGAUGCAAAUCGAAACGAAUGA